GAUAACCAACUUUACUUUAAUUAUAUAAUACAAAUAUUUAUAACUUUGUAGUGAAAUCAAAUACUUUGAAGUUCUAAUCCAAAAUGGUCUACAAACUAUUUCUUUUAAGUAUUGUGUUCUUAUCCAUGCUCAUAAAUGAUAAUAAUUGUGUUCAAGCUCAACGUCCCUUCGAAAGAUUUUGCCGGACUACAGGCUGUGACAACCGAACCCUUCAACAAGUAACUGACCAAUGUAGGAGAGCAUACGGUAGUAGUAUAAUCCGACCUGAAUCGUGUGGUGGAGGACUUACUCGCUAUCGAUGCUGUGAAAGUUGUCUGGAUAUACCCUGUUCAAGUGAACCUUCGCGAAGCGUAAUACUAGAUUUAUGUGCUCGGGAAUUUGGUGAACUUAAUCCCGGUAUCCAGUUUGGCGAAAUCUCCGUCUCGGGCAAUUCUUGCGGUAUAGGAGUUUGGACCUAUCAAUGCUGUCUAAGAAACCUUUAAAGCCUUUUCAACAAAUGGCUUCAGCAAUUGGAAGAAUUGGUUGGUUUGCUUCAACCGAUGAACUUGGAUGGACUAAAAGAUAAACGAUUUAUGGUCAAUAGGACUGAACAAAUAAUUAUAUGUUUGAUGUAAUAACCAGAAUAAGAUGCGACUUAAAACACUUUUCGCGAUUAUUUCAUCAAUAAAAAUUU